AAUAAGUUUGUGCCGUUCGUCAGUUGUAAAGCCCGCAAAAGUUUUGUGCUUUUCCUCCAUCAUUGCUGCCGAGAAGAAGUUUCGUGGAAAAUCUCUAUGGUGUGGUUUCCUCCGCAAUUUUAAAGUUCCGUCAUCAAGUGUAUUCGCGGCAACGUUGGUUGUUGGUAAUUCACCGAAAAAAGUGUUGCGGUGUGGUCCGGUUUUGAUUAGGCUGCUCCAAUUCGUUACCCGAGAGAGAAUCUUUUGUCUCCUGCGGCUCGUUUUUUAAAAGUUCAACGGUCAUCGGAACAAUCAUUUUUCGGGUUUCCUUCCCGAUGACCUCUUAUCAAUGAAAACGGUUUUAUCUCAUAAAAGUUGAAGCAAGUAAUCGAUUUUCCAUCCCACCACGGGAAGAAUCUCGCAAGUUGGUUUAUAUUUUCGACCGUUUGUUACGGGCUGUCAAUUUUAAAAUUUUGCUCAGCAGAAGAACGGGCUGCUGCUGCUAAGAAAAAGAAGAAAGCAGUGUUUAGUGUCGCGAAAAACCGGAAUAAGGACAGUAGGGAGAGAAGUAAGAAGUGAAGAACAAGAUCCUAUCCAGCUCGGAGUCGGUUUCGGUUGAUUUAUCGCUUCCUUUACGGUUUUGUGCUCCAUCCUCGGUUGUUUUUCUUGCGAUCGUCCGGAAGAGUCGCGGCGCGCUGAAAUCCUGUAUUCGAGAUGAGUUCCAUCAAGCCAGAUGAUAAGUCGUCCGAUAUCCCGGAGAAAUUGUACGACGCCACUGCCAGAAGGACGUACAAGAGGUUGCGAUUUUUCGGCAAGGGUGGAUUCGCAAAAUGCUACGAAAUCAUGGACGUCGUCACUGGCGAAGUGUACGCCGGAAAGAUCGUGUCGAAAAAGCUAAUGAUGAAGCAUAAUCAGAAGGAAAAAAUGACACAGGAGAUCACGAUUCACAAAUCGUUGAACCAUCGGAACAUUGUGGGAUUUCAUAGCUUUUUCGACGACCCUCUCAACAUCUACAUCGUGCUAGAACUCUGCAAGAAACGGUCAAUGAUGGAAUUGCACAAACGGCGAAAAGUCAUCACCGAUUACGAGUGUCGCUACUACAUCCACCAGGUGCUCACGGGUGUCAAGUAUCUACACGACCGGCACAUAAUCCAUCGGGAUUUGAAACUGGGUAACCUGUUCCUGAAUGAUGAAUUACACGUCAAAAUCGGAGAUUUUGGGUUGGCCACCAAGAUAGAGUUCGAAGGCGAACGUAAAAAGACCCUUUGCGGCACCCCGAACUAUAUUGCUCCGGAGAUUCUGAAUAAAAAGGGCCACAGCUACGAGGUGGACGUUUGGUCCAUAGGAUGUGUGAUGUUCACGCUGCUCGUAGGGCAGCCGCCAUUUGAAACGAAAAGUCUGAAAGAUACUUACACCAAGAUAAGAAAAUGUGAUUACCGGCUCCCUUCCACAAUUCGUACGAAUGCUGCUGAGAUGAUUUGCUCAAUGCUCCAGUCGGACCCCAUCAAGCGUCCCAGUGUAACACAAAUGUUCGACUUUGAUUUUAUGUGCAGCGCUCACAUUCCAGCGUCGCUCCCGAUCUCUUGUCUCACGAUGGCUCCCCGUGCUGACCAGUUGGAGAACGCCGAUCGCAUGGGUAGGAAACCACUUUCAGAAGUUAACGAUGACACCCGCUUGGAAUCGUCCUUCCUCAAGAACAACCUGCACGAUGCCAUUACGGCCUCCGGCACCAUGUCCCGGCACAAUGAAGGCUAUAGGACUGACAUCGAAAAUCUGUACAAGCAGCUAAGCUCCUUGAUCGCAUCCAAGCCUCCUAAACUGGCAACCAAUCUGGACGAUGAAAACACCGAUCCAGCAGUGCAGCCGCUUUUCUGGGUCUCCAAAUGGGUGGACUACAGCGACAAGUACGGCUUCGGCUAUCAGCUCUGCGACGAGGGCAUGGGAGUGAUGUUCAACGAUACCACAAAACUGAUUAUGCUCGCAAACGGACUCAAUGUGCACUUCAUCGACAAGGAGGGCGUCGAGACGUACAUGGACAUUCACAACUAUCCACCGCAGAUGGAGAAAAAGAUGAAACUGCUGUCCUACUUCAAGCGAUACAUGACGGAACAUCUGGUGAAGGCUGGCGCGGGGGCCGUCAAUAUUGAAAGUGAUCAGAUCUCCCGUAUUCCCCAUCUGCACACGUGGUUCCGCACAAUGUGUGCCGUCGUGAUGCACCUGACAAACGGUACCGUGCAGCUCAACUUCUCCGACCACCAGAAGAUCAUCCUCUGUCCGCUGAUGCGAGCCGUAACCCUGAUGGACAACAACAAGAACUUCCGGACGUACCGGUUCUCCACGAUCCAGGAGCAGGGCUGUUCGAGCGAUCUGUACCAGAAGAUCCGAUAUGCGCACGAAAAACUCAAGAAACUACUGGAAAAGCUAGCGUGAGAGAGCAUCGAAACACAUUCCAUUUGAUUUCGGUAGUACAGUAGCGAAACGUCUGUCGUGCUCUUUUCGUAGAUUAUUGCGUUAGAGUUAGGCGCAGUUUUGUGCGAACACAAUCUCUUUUGGAUUAGUAUUUUUAUAAACUUUCCACAUAUAUUAAUGACUUCUGCAUCAAAUAUCUUGUGCCGGCAAUCGUUAGUUUUCCCUUUUUAUUGGCGGAUGACAUUAUCUUUAGUAUCUUGUUUUUCUGUAUAAGGUUAUGAUACUUUUCCUUAGAAAUAUACGAAUAGUUUCAAAAAUAAUUAGCACGUGAACAAGUAUCACUCAUUGAACUGAAAACAUGCAAUUUUGUUUUACAGAACGAGAUCAAAUGCGUCGAAGUUUUUCAGUAUUUAAAAGCGAAAAUAAUUUUUCAAGCAAAACAAUGGAGUAGUGCCUUAAUGUUACUUACGGCACCACCGGUAUGAGGGAGGCAAUGCAAAUGAAACUAGAAUCUGAGCCAGAUGCAGUUGCGUUACACUGAAAUAACUCUCUUAAACAGCGGCGUACAUUGUUAUGUAGUACAACAAUUCGGGGACAACGAUAAGGAAAGGUGUCCAUCUAUAUGCUAAACCGAGAACAGAGCGAAUAGCUACGGAUAGGAUCUUUUAGGCCGAUAAGUUUAAUGUUGUAGAUAUAAUUUCAAAUAAAUAAGCGUUUCUAGGAUA